UGAAGUGCUAUGGCGUACCAGGAAGAAGAGUCGCUCGAAUCCUGGCUCAAUAAAGCCACCCAUCCAUCAAACAGACAGGAGGACUGGGAGUACAUCAUUGGCUUCUGUGACCAGAUCAACAAGGAAUUGGAAGGUCCACAGAUAGCUGUAACUCUGCUCGUCCACAAGAUCCACUCACCACAAGAAUGGGAAGCACUUCAGGCUCUGACAGUUUUGGAGGCGUGUAUGAAGAACUGCGGGAGGAGGUUUCAUAACGAAGUCGGGAAGUACAGAUUUUUGAAUGAGCUGAUUAAAGUUGUGUCUCCGAAGUACAUGGGCGACAGUGCACCUGAGAAGGUGAAGCUGAAGAUUGUAGAGAUGCUGUACAGCUGGACCAUCGCUUUUCCCAAUGAGGCCAAGAUCGGUGAAGCCUACCAGACGCUGAGAAGACAGGGUCUCGUGACACGUGAUCCAGAGUUACCGCUGGACAGGACUCUGAUUCCCUCCCCUCCCACCCGACCCAGACACCCAGUGUUUGACAAUGAGGACAUGGGAAAGCUGCUUGCUGAGCUGCUGCGCAGUAAAAAUCCAGAAGAUCUACAGGAAGCCAACAGAUUAAUCAAAAACAUGGUGAAAGAGGACGAGGCCCGAGUGAUGAAGCUGUCAAAGCGACUGAACACGCUGGACGAGGUGAACAUCAACGUCAGGCUGCUGACUGAGAUGCUGUCCCACUACAAUAAAGACAGCUCCUCUGACUCCGACAAGGAGAUCAUUAAGGAACUCUACGAGCGGUGCGACAAGCUGAGGCGCGCUGCUUUCAAAAUGGCCACUGACACGGAGGACAAUGACACCAAUUUAGGUGACAUCCUGCAGGCCAGCGACGAGCUCUCCAGAGUCAUAAACUCCUAUAAGAAGAUAGUGGAGGGGCAGCCGGUCAACGGAGACAGUGAAGAGCCUCGAUCCACAGCUGCUCACAGUGAGGGCGAGACCACGGACACGUUGAUCGACCUCGCCGGCCUCGACACUCCGAGCCCUCCUCAACCCGUCCUCCCUCCCUCUCUGUCCUCACAACCUUUCUUCUCCGAUCCCACGGCUAACCCCAUACCCUUCCUCCCUCCUCCUCCCAAACGCCUUGCCGACUCCCAUGGCAGCCCGAGCAGCAGCCCGAGCCGACCUCCACUCGGCACGGCCUCCACCGCUCACUCGCUCCUGGAUGAUGAGCUGCUCUCCCUAGGGCUAAAUGACCCCCCUACCUCCCUGAGCAGCCAAUCAACACCCAAGUUGAACGCAGUGUCCAAUCAGUGGACCUCUUUGCAGGCUCCGGCGCUCAGCGUGGAUUUGUUUGGCAGUGUAGCGUGUUCGGGUCCAGUGGCGCCCCCUGCUGAGCCAGCCGCCAGCGUGAACAGUCUCCAGAACCUGCAGGACCUAGCCAUGAUGGGAUUUUCAGAUCAAAAGAGUGUGAUGAGCCAGAUGACGGCCAGAGGAAGCAGCUUUGGGGGAGCAGCUGCAGCAGCACCUCCUCUUCUGACUGGACAGGGCUCUCCCUCUCCAGCCUAUCUUCUCCAGGGGACCAUGCCCGGCUCUCCUGCCCUGUCCCACGCUAAGGUCCAGAGCCUGGGCUCGGCCCCGGGGAGCCCACUGUUCCGCUCUCUGUCUCCCUGCCACCCCCCCUUCCAGGGCAGCCCGGCCAGAGGCACAGACAUCUCCCUGAGCAAUGUGCAGGUCCCUCUGGAGGCCAUCAGACCAAGUAAAGUGCUCCCCGUGACGGCCUACGAUAAGGAUGGCGUUCGCGUGCUGAUCAACUUUGCGUCCGACUGCCCCCCCGGCAGGCCUGAUGUGCUUGUAAUGGUGGUGUCCAUGCUCAAUACAGCGCCCCUCCCUGUUCACAAUGUGGUACUGCAAGCUGCUGUUCCCAAGUCGAUGAAGAUGAAGCUGCAGCCUCCAUCAGGAACAGAACUGGCUCCAUUCAACCCCAUCCUCCCUCCAGCCUCCAUUACCCAGAUCAUGUUGCUGGCUAAUCCAGCAAAGGAGAAAGUGCGUCUGCGCUACAAGCUGGCUUUUACUCUGGGAGACCGUCCGUGCAACGAGGUUGGAGAGGUGGACCAGUUCCCUGCACCAGAGGCCUGGGGUCAUCUAUAGCAGCGUGCAGACUUGUUAACGUUCAGCAGGGACCGACCGGUUCAUCCUCCAUGAAGGGGUGUGUGUCUUCACAUGCAUCCCAGAGAGAGAGAAAGGAGAGGAGGCUGGGGAAAUACAGCAGCGUUGUUACAGUAACAAUAACUUUCAGCUUCACAUUCCUUAUAGUCGUUCUUCAUUUUCUGGUCGUUGUUGUUCCUGGCAGAGAGAUAUUAACAACAGACACUAAAUGUUUUAUUCAUGCCGAGCUUGUGCUUUUCUGCAGAAAGCUGAGAGAGAUAAUCUCUGGUGAGUGAGUUAGUCGUGGUUACACAGGUCGAUGGUUUAGAGACGAGAACCUUUAUGGAUUUUAAUGAAUGUACUUUAAAUAAUUGAAGCAUUAGAAUUGUGCUUCAGACUGAAAUGUUGCACUGCAGCGUCACAAGUGUUUUUAAAAGAAGUGAACCUCUGCAUUAACAGAGCCUAAGAGACAAUGGUUGUGCUUUUAUUUAUUCCUCUGAACACGUAACCAGCCUACAACAAAAAAAUACUUGAAUAUAUCCAGAGAUUUGGAGACCAGUAUCUAGAUUUCUGAGGAUGGAGUAACACACUGGAGAAUACAUGGUUUGAUUGAAAAGUACUGUCACAUAUUUGUUUCUGCAGGAAGAUGGUGGACUGAUAUUUACUACAUAAUUAUUUUAGAAUCGUUUUUUUUUUAAUGGUUAAAUAAACAUUGUACAGGCUAAUGCAGCCUUCUAUUCGAAUCGUGGACCAACAAUGUUAAAUACUGAUGAGUAAAGGAAAAGUGAGGCAACCAACAGCACUAUACACAGAAUUUAAUUUUAAAUUCAGUGUAAGGCCCUUAGUAGAGUGCAAACUUCCGCCAUGGCCCAACAGUCCCUUAGAUUCAAUCAAGCUGCAUCAGAUUACACACACUUGUAGAAAUCCAUAUAUGCCUGAUUUUUUUCUAUCAACCCCCCGGAAAUCUUGCAAUGUUAUUGAAAGUGACUCCAACUGCCAUGGUAACCUGUUAAGUAUUUUUUGUACAUCCUGCAAAUAACUUGACCAACAAAUGGAUGAGUGAAAACAUGUCCUCCUUGACAAAGGUAAUAAUGGACUUUCCACUAGUUAAGUCGACUGAAAUCAACACUUGUUGGAUUGUACGUGAUUUGUUUUUUCUUUUAAAAAAAAAUCAGUAAUUUUUCUUGUAUUUAAAUAUGUUUACCAGUCUCAGUAUUGGGAGUAUUUGAUUGUCAUAUUUAUAAUUUUCUGUUUUAGUGUUUCAGUGCAUCACUGAACCUAGAAAGUGUGAGUUUGGGAGAUCUGUCACCAGGCAGAUCAUUUAGCAGCGUGUAACAGUGGGAUGGAGAAGAAGUGUGUUGUGAGCACAUUUUCAUCAGUUCACCUGAUCCUCCCUAAGGUUCCCUCUCCGACAGUCCUCAGCUUAUCAUGUGGGAUGUGUUUAAUGUACAUAGUAUGUAAUGUGUGUGAAGUUAGUGUAUGUAAGUUAUGUGAACAUGUGACAUGUAGGAGUGUUUGGUCUGUACAUACCGUAUGAUGUGCCAUUUGUUCGGUGCAUGAAAUAAAAUAAAGAUCUCUUUCCAUGGA